AUGGGCAAAUUCGAAAUGCCAACGAAGCGGCGGAUGUCAGCACCGUUCCAGUCAAAGGAAGCCUUUAUGGAAUUUCUCAGGGCUCCUCGCGUCAAUGACGGCCAUGUCCCUAUCGGAGACGAGAGAUGGUCGAAUAAAGAUCUCGAGCCGACACCAGUUGAACAAAGGACUUGGACUUGGUAUAGUCUGCCUCUAUACUGGUUUUCCAACAAAUUCUCCCUUGUCGGCUGGAAUACUGGCUCUUCACUUGUAGCCGUUGGCCUGACAUGGCAGACAUCCUUCGCCUCAGCAUGCAUCGGCUCUCUACUCGCGGCUAUAGUCGUCGUUCUGAUGGCUCGUCCGGGUGCUAAAUAUCAUAUCGGAUUUCCCGUCCUUGCACGCUCUGUCAUGGGCAUGUACGGUUCCUACUUCUUCGUCUUCAUCCGAGCCAUCGUCUGCAUCAUCUGGUACGGCAUUCAGACCUUUUACGCCGGCAACCUCUUGUCCGUGAUGCUACGCUGCAUCUUUGGCAGUUCCUGGGAAAACCUACCGAACACACUCUCGCCAGGUGCUGCCGUGACAUCGAAGCAGCUGUUGACUUUCUUCAUGGCUUGGCUCAUGGAAUUCCCUUUUAUGUGGGUUCAUCCGACCCGCAUCCACUACGUCUUCACCGUCAAGGGAAUCAUCAUGCCUAUUGCGGCUUUUGCGGUUUUCGGCUGGUGCAUGGCAAAUGGCGGCGGACUCAACUCCAUGGAUCUCGCUCACAAGACGAGCAAAGCUUCAUCAACUAUUCCUUUGGGUUGGAGUAUCAUGGCUGGUAUCAACACCAUCUUUGGUGCACUAUCGCCCAUGCUUGUCAACCAGCCCGAUCUUGCCCGCUACUGCAAGAAGCCCCGCGACGCAGGUUAUCUCCAGGGUGUCAGUGUGUUCGUCUCUGCUAUCAUCGUCUUUUUCCUCGGUAUGGCUUCGACAACAUCAAUGCAAUCAGCGUACGGCGUAGCGUACUGGAACAUUUGGGAUCUCUUCGACGCUAUACUUGACCAUCACUUUGGCGCUGGUGCACGCGCAGCAGUCUUUUUCGCCUCAUUGGCAUUCUACUUUGGAGUUUUUGCGACAAAUUUUGGGGCUAAUUCUAUUCCGUUUGGCUCGGAUAUGACUGGUCUAUUCCCCAAAUGGCUCACGAUCCGCAGAGGACAGAUACUUUGUGCUCUCCUUGGAAUCGCUGUGCAGCCAUGGCAACUCAUGGCUAAUGCGUCUGCUUUCCUCAGCUUUCUUGGAUCUUACAAUAUCUUCAUGGCUCCUCUCUGCGCCGUCUUGAUUGUUGAUUACUUCAUCAUUCGGAAGGGCAAUGUCCACGUUCCGUCGUGCUACGAUGGCAGAAAAACAGGCCUGUAUUGGUUCUGGUCUGGAAUCAACUGGUGUGGAGUAGUAGCGUGGAUACUCGGCACCACCAUGGGUAUCCCAGGUCUCAUCGGUCAAUACCAACCGCAGAUCAUUUCCAUGGCCGCACAGAACAUGUACCGUAUGGGAUGGGUCUUGACCUUUACCGUUGCGGCGACGGUUUAUUACUUCACGUUUCUUUUCAUCAAGCCGCGCGUAUUUCCUGUUGGACGCGAGAGCACGCCGUUUGAGUGGGAGUGGUUGGGCAAUGACGGUCGUGAGGGAUUUUUCGAGGGAGAGGGAGACCGUGGAGAGAUUUACGUUGCUGCUACACCACCCAUGACGGAUGCAGGGGAUGAUAUUGAGGUUGGAGGCAAAUCGCCGAAGCUGACAGCCACAGAAGUGGCAAAGAAAAUCCAGCAAGGCGAAGUCACAGUAGAAGAAUAUGCAAAGUCGCUUUUGAAGCGUAUCGAGGCGCGGGACGAGGCUGUCAAAGCAUGGGCGUAUCUCAACCCUGAGUACGUAAUUGAGCAGGCAAAAGCACUAGAUGCUGUUCCAAAAGAUGAGCGCGGCCCGUUGCACGGUAUUGCAAUUGCUGUCAAAGAUGUGAUUUACACAAAAGAUAUGCCAACGCAAUUCAAUUCCCCAAUAUACGCCAAGGAUGCACCAAAAGUCGAUGCUGGAUCCAUUGCUAUACUGCGCAAAUCCGGUGCGCUUAUAUUCGGAAAGACAACAACGACUGAAUUCGCUGCAACAACCACAGGCCCCAAGACGUGCAACCCGCACGACUCGAAUCGCACGCCUGGUGGUUCUUCAUCAGGGUCUGGAGCUGCGGUGGGCGACUUCCAAGCACCUAUCGGUUUGGGUACGCAGACGGGCGGCAGCACUAUCCGGCCUGGUUCGUACAAUGGAAUCUACGCUCUCAAGCCUACGUGGAAUUCGAUCACGCGCGAAGGACAGAAGAUUUACUCGCUGAUACUCGAUACACUUGGUCUUUAUGCUCGUAGUGUAGCAGAUUUAGAGCUGCUCGCCGAUACUUUUGCUAUUCACGAUGAUGUUCCAGUCCCAUCGGAUUUCACAGUCAAAGGAGCAAAGUUCGCGGUUCUCAAAACCAUGGUUUGGCCACAGGUAGGACCAGGUACCGUUGCUGCGCUCGACAAGGCCGUUUCCCUACUACGCGCGCAUGGAGCCGAAGUAGAGGAGAUUUCGCUGCCAGAGCACCUCAAUGAUCUCCCAUCAUGGCAUACGACAGUGCUGAACUCGGAUGGUCGGACGGCGUUUUUGCCCGAAUACACAGUGGCCAAGGACAAGAUUUCGGAGCAGUUAGUAGGACACGUAGAAAACAGUGGAAAGAUUUCGCGCAAGGCACAGCUGGAAGCGUUUGAUAAUAUAGCAGCAGCAAGGCCGGUGGUAGAUGAGCUGCUUGAAAAGUAUGCCGCGGUGCUGACGCCAAGCGUGCCUGAUGAGGCGCCAGUGGGUAUCGAGAAGACUGGCAGCGCAGCGUUUUGUUUGAUAUGGACGGCGCUACAUACACCGGUGGUCAACGUCCCAGGCUUCAAGGGGCAGAAUGGCAUGCCAAUUGGCGUCUCGCUUGUGGCACCGCGAUACCAUGACAGACGGCUUCUGGCAGUGAGCAAAGAAGUUGGAAAGAUAUUCGAGGCUGAGGGUGGAUGGCAACGGUCGGUGUAG